AUGGGUAACCUUGUCAUCUCCCCCGUCAUUUCUACGGUGCUCUUGCUGGGCGGCGCCGGCCUCGUGGUUGGACUCCACGACAAGUUUUCUGCCAGUCGUGCUGCUACGACUUCUACCACUCAGUCUAUCGCCGCGCCCGGAAUCGAUCUGAUAACUCUCACUGGAACCGGCUCCAGGGCCACUUAUUUGAGAUCCUUGUUGCCCCAAGGAACGCUCGUCGUCUCUCCCAUCAAGGCCAACGUCAGAGUAGACUCCAUCUCCGCGAUCUCGGCGAUCCCCACUACUACCAUCAACUGCGACCACAAGUGGUGUCAGGAUGGCACGUCUCUUUGUGCCUACUGGGCCGGCAUCACUGGCUGGGAUCCUACGGAAGGUCCGGUUCCUGGCGAGACUGUCACCUCUGUCGGCGAGUGCAGCGUUGUUCCUUCCCAGGUUGGAAACCAAAAGCGCGACACUAUGAACGAGAUGCUCAUCACCUCGGUGCCUACUCCCUCAGUCGACUGCAAGUACAAGUACUGCGACAGAAACACCCAGUAUUGCAUGUACUGGGCUGGAGUCACUGGCUGGGAUCCUUCUCUCGGCCCCAUCCCGGGCAUGACACGCACCUCUCUUGGUGCUUGCCAGGCGCCUCCUACGGCUGCCGUCAACGGCACUACCGUUCCGACCACUAUGGUGACGAAGACAUGCACGAGUUGCAACUGA